AUGUCUGGUGCUAACAGUGACCUUCUACAUAGAUCAACUCUGAGUGUUUAUAAUAACCUCAUGGAUCAGUUUAAUCCCGGUUUACAAAAGCUGGUUACUUUAGGAAACAGUUACAUCAAGGCUUUUCAAGCCUUGGCACUGACGAGUGAGGCCUACUUCAGUUUUCUUGCUAAAAUGGGUGAGCAAGCUCUCAACACAUUGUCAUCCAGCCCACUUGGUGUAGUGCUGAUUGAGAUAUCAGAGACGCAGCAGAAGCUGACAGCUGAGGUGGAGGGUGUGUUUCGCUGGUUCCAUGUGGAGGUUCUGCAGGCCAUGGACAAGAAUGUGAAGCUAGAUGAGGAGUACAUUGAAGGAAGCCGUAGGGUGUAUGAAUUGGAAGUAAGGAGUCAGGCUGCAGCACUGGAGAGACAGUUGAGACGUGGAGCUUUCAGAGACUCGCUGGAAGGCAGUGAGUACAUGCAGUACCUUAGACAGAGCCAACAUGAAAUUCUCAAAGAGGAAGAGAGAAGGUAUCGUUUCUUGGCUGAGAAACAUUGUGGACUUACGCAGUCGCUACUGUACCUCAUCAACAAGAUGGGGGUGUCCCUGCAGCAGAGAGCGGAUGGAUGGAAAGGAAGAGUCAGUGAGAGCAGAGGUUCCAGACCUCGAACGCCCACUUCAACAGAUCAAGAAGCUCAGUUAAGGAGUUCUCUGGGCUCUCUGCUGCAAACUGGAGACAGAGAAAGGGACCAAGAGCCACUGGGCAGAGUGCCCUCUGGAGCUCCGUCUCCACUCCCCAGUCGUUCUCGCUCCUGUUCUGUUGGUGAGUCUUUGGGUCUUGGUGGCGGCCGCUCCAUGAGGGCCAUCGUAUCACACCCCCCUUCAUUCAAUCCAGUCCUGCUGCCGUUUUCCCGUGGUGACAUGUUGACCGUAAUCAUACCAGAACCCUGGAAUGGCUGGCUGUAUGGACGCCAUGACUCAAGCCUCCGUCAAGGCUGGUUUCCUGCUGCUUAUGUGGCUUCCACUAAAGAUUUUCUACCCUUAGGCUCCAGUGGGGCGUCACACCGAAGCCACAGCAUGAACAACCUCCUGGAUCCAACCAGCCAAUCAGAAUCUGCAGACACCUUGAGCUAUAGCGACAUCACAUCCUCAGCAAUACUUAUGCGUCGGGCUUCAACAGAUCUUCGCCCAGUCUCUCCCCUCCCUGACAAGAAAGCGGAGUCUACCAAUGAGGGAAAGACCAAUCAGAAAACCUACAAUGAAAUCCCACCCCCAGGUGCACCGCUUCGCCGGGGAUCAGCUGACAUUCGUCCGAUAUCUCCCCUGCCUGACAGGAGGGCGGAAUCUCAUUUUGAUAGCAAAGUGGAACACAAAAGUUACAAUGAGCUCCCACCUCCAGCUCCAACCCUUCCUGAACGAAAUGUGGAAUCAAGUUUGGAGAGGUCAACUGUUCAUGGACAGCCACCAGAGCACCCUCUUUUCCCCAGAGGUUCGAAUCCUUUUGCCACCGUGAAGCUCCGCCCUACAGUCACCAAUGACAAAUCAGCACCACGGAUUCACUGACAGUCAACAAAAAACCCCUCCCCUGCACUCUGACUGGUUCAGAGUCUGCAAUAAUAUCAAACGCUUCCUGUCAGUCCAUAAAUACAUUCAAUCACCAUGAAUAUGAGAAUGAAAAAGUAAUAAGCACCUUUUUAUCCUUAAGUAUUUAAGAAUAGAAUAGAGUUUCAGUUCAAUAUAAAGGCAUAAUACUGUAAGAGUGUGUUAAGUGUUAAGUCUGACCACUAGGUUUGUUUUUAUGUGUGCAUCUGUUUUGGUAUUUUGUGAUCAGAAAAUGUUUUUAAGAUAUUACAUCUAUAAAAGUGUUUUUUUUAUUAUUAUUAUUAUUAAUGUAUUUAUUUUAUAUAAGUUCAGUUCUAUUCAGUUCAUCAGAAAUUCAUCUCAUUUACCUAAAAAUGUUACAUAAAGUUUAGGUGACUGCGUAUGUGAAAAAUAUUGUUUACAAAGGAAAAAAUGAUGGAUAGUUUGUGUUUUUAGAUGAAUUUUGAUCUUGUAUGUGACCCUAGCAUAUCAUUGCUAUUUAGUACUUUUGUUUUUUAACUUUUGGUUUCAAAAAUGAUUUAUACUGUAUGCUAACAUUAUAAUAUAAUGCACAAAAGGAAUAAUUGAAAUAAGAAGAAACUGCUGUAU